AUCCUAUUUAAAGAAAGGUGUAUUUUGUCCACUGUCAGACGUGAUCUGUUUGCCUACCAUCAAAGUAAAAUGUACAAACUGUUUUUGGUACAGGUGCUGGUAGUGUUCGCACUCUGGCAUGUUUCCGAGUCCCGUGUGUAUACACAGGACGAACUUGAUUUAUUAGCAAGAGUGCACUAUGACCAGAUUCCCCGACAUUUGCAACUGAUGCUGAGGAGAGGAAAGAAAAUAGGCGACACCAGUAACUGGUGUUGUAAGAAUGGUGCAGACCAAGUGGUAAGCAAUACCCAGAUGUCAAAGAUCGCGUCCAAGACAAUCAGAGAGUCAGUCCAGACACACACACAGGACGGAUGCGGAUUCCUGAACACCAAGACGUGCGAGACUACAGAUAUCAAAUAUGUUGAGAAACUGAUUACCUACAUCGAUUACCAGCUCGUCCCUAACAAGAGCGUCUGUCCAGACGAACAGAUCACGUGCUGUAGCGGGUUCGUGCUCGCCGUUGAUAAUUGUUUGGCGGCGGAAGGCCAAUAUCUCAGCACCUUGACCGAUGCCCUGAUCAAGUUACAAGGUGCCGGACUUCUAGGGUAAACGUAGUUGUCAGCUGAAAUAAACCGAGACUCAAACAUA